GGGUUUCCAGGUGUGGCAGCUAUUCAUUCUUGCUCACGCUCAGUCUAGCAGACUCUUGGUGAGAAUUAAUGUAACUGUAGUACGUGAAGGAAGAAUUAGUUUGUUGGAGUGGAAGGCGUAGAGGAGGGAACAGAACUAUCAAAAAGUGUAAGUCAGCAGUGGAGAGAAGGAAGCUUUUACUAUGGGCAGUGUUAGCUGAGAUAAUUGAGGGCUGAUAUGUUCAUCUGAGGACCCGGAGAGAUCGGUAAUUUGAAGUAAUAUACACAGCAGUCAUACUGAGUGACAGGAGCAACCAUUCCAAUGAAAGGAGACUGAUGAAUUGUGGCAGGUUGCUGCUAUGGGUAGAAUUAGUCACUGGGGGGCAGUGGUUAGUUGUAUAUUUUCCUAAUUGCCACAAGUAAUCAGUAGGGAGAGUUGAUCAUGUCUUUUACUGUAUGAAUGUAGUACUGCAAAUAUUCCCCAAAUUAGACAGAACAAAAUACAUAAACCUAGUUUCUCAGAGCUCUUUGAAACAGACAGAAGAAAUAUACUGUCACUAAUACAUGAAUCCCAAGUUGCUUUUCUGGGGAUCUACUUCUGCAUGGCCAAAUCUGCUUCAUCUGUGUUAGUGCUGUGAUCCCCAAACUGAAAAUGCCAGAGUAUUUGAAGUAUGUGCUCAAUACUAAAUGUGCAAACAAACAAGCAAGGAUGUUUUCAAACAUUAUUGAGGAGAAACAGACGUAGCCAGUGGCUUGGCUCUCACCCGACAGAAGAAGGCCAUACCUUCAGUACUGUAACUGGUAAGGUUUGGCAUCCUGAUGAUUUACACUGUUAUGUUCUGAUCACCAUAUGUCAGGUUUCUGUCGGCUUUUCCAGACUUUCUCUUUCCUGGUUUUUGUGUUUUGUUCUUUUUUAUCUAGGAACUUCCUUGUCGACUUCCUCAUUUUCUUUCACAGGGCACAUAGCAGCAUGUGAUGUGAUGGGCUUCACCGUAGCUAGAUAAGGAAGAAGCUUGCAUUGCCUCCCUCUCAGCUUUGAAGAACAGUAGUGGUUUUGUGGGUAAAAGAUACUUUGAAAAACAGUUUGACCUGGCAGAGCAAACAAGACUGCCCAUGUUUCUUCACUGCAGAAACUCACAUGCUGAAUUUUUAGACAUAAUGAGAAGAAACAGAGAUAGAUUUGUUGGAGGAGUGGUUCAUUCUUUUGAUGGCACGAAGGAAGAAGCAGCAGCAAUAAUAGAUUUGGAUCUUUACAUUGGAAUAAAUGGCUGUUCAUUGAAAACAGAAGCCAACUUGGAAGCACUGAAAUCAAUUCCUAGUGAACGAUUAAUGAUAGAGACCGAUGCACCCUGGUGUGGAGUGAAAAAUACUCAUGCUGGAUCGAAAUAUGUGAAAACUACAUUUCCUACCAAAAAGAAAUGGGAAAUGGGGCACUGCCUGAAGGACAGGAAUGAGCCCUGCCAUAUAAUUCAAAUACUGGAAAUUAUGGCAGCAGUAAGAGAAGAUGACCCACUCGAGUUGGCCAAUACUCUAUAUAACAACACUAUUAAAGUCUUCUUUCCAAAUAUAUAAAGUUUUCUUACAUUUAUUCAACAUAACUUUAGUAAGUAUAUUGCAAAAAAGUUAAGACUGAUCAUAUCUGCAAGUUCUUAUCGACAGAAACCAAUAUGUAGUGCUUUUUGUACAAGAUUAAAGCUGAUUUUGAAAAA